AUGAAACUUGUAGCUCACAUAACUAGGAACGAAUGUCAUCUUUAUUGCAAAUGUGUUUCUGUUUACGCGUUUAAAUUUCAUAUACUUUCUCUCUCUCUCUCUCUCUCUAUCUAUCUAUCUAUCUAUCUAUCUAUCUACCUAAGUGCUGGACGAACAGUAGUAUUUAUAUCAUAUCAUAUCAUAUCAUAUCAUAUCUAUCUAUCUAUCUAUCUAUCUAUCUAUCUAUCUCACGCACUUUCUGUCUUUUACUAUUCUCUGGGAGGUGGAAUUGGUGAAAUAAUCUCUUUCCCCUUAAUCUAUUGCUUUCUCUCUCGCGCGCUCUAUCUAUCUAUCUAUCUAUCUAUCUAUCUAUCUAUCUAUCUAUCUAUCUAUCUAUCUAUCUAUCUAUCUAUAUCCGUCUGUUCAUGUAUGUAUGCCUGUACGUAUAAACGACAUUCAUAUAUUUUCUUUUGUUGUGAUACGGGGUUUGGCAAUGCUCUGGCCCGAAAACUUGAUAAAAUCGGCUUCACAGUAUUUGCAUGUUGCCUAUAUGCAGAUGGAGAAGGUGCACAGCGAAUUAUUGACAACACAAGCGACAGAUGUCGAGUGAUCCAGAUGGAUGUCACUGAUGAUAUUCAAGUGCGAAACGCUGUCUCAGAAGUCAAAGAGGCACUUGAAGACAAAGUUUUAUAUUCCGUUGUGAAUAAUGCUGGUAUUGCUGUCUUCUCGGAAAUCGAAUGGUGUUCUGUAGAUCAAUUCCAGCAAAUCAUGAAUGUCAACGUUAUGGGAAUGGUUCGAGUGACGAAAGCUUUUUUGCCGCUGCUCAGAGAAUCCAAAGGACGAGUUAUCAAUGUCGCCAGCCUUGCAGGUCGGUUCACAUUACCGGCUUUUGCUGCCUAUUCCAUGUCCAAAGUGGCUUGUAUUGCUUUUUCUGACGGUCUUAGACAGGAAAUGAGUAAAUUUGGAAUCAAAGUUAUUACAGUGGAACCGGGGCUUUACAAGACGCCCAUAGCUUCAACAGACACGCUUGUAAAGCAGUACCGAAAGUCAUGGGAAGAGACACCAGUGGAUAUUAAGGAUGUCUAUGGUGAGGACUAUUACGAUAAAUUCGUCACUGUCAUCCGAAAGCAGAUGAAAAGGGCUCGAGAAAACAUCGAUGAAGUUGUGGAAACAAUGGUCGAAGCGGUUCAUUGUGAACAUCCUAAAAUACGCUAUGUUCCAUAUUGGUUGUCUGGUGUGCGGGCCAAUGUACUGAUGGUCCUUCCAAAUACAGUUCGAGAUUGGUUCUUCAGUUCUAUUACGAAAUAG